AAGAAAAGCCGAUCACAGCUUCACACAGAAGGGUCCGAAUCAGAACUGUAAGAACCUCCAUCGCGAACGCAGAGUCUCUUUUAGUCGAUUCGUACGACGCACAACUCAUCAACUCGUUCGUAAACGAUAAAAACACAUCGACCGAUCGAAAUCAAUCAUUUCUAUCGAGAUAAUAUCUUAGUUGAUAUUAACGAAAUAAAUUAAAAAAAAGAACGAAAGAAAGAAGAGGAGGCAAAAUGGUUUACGAGAGCGACUUUUACACGACCCGACGACCCUAUUCAAGGCCCCUUGCAUCGUCCUACAGCAUCACGACUACCCCUGUUGUCCUACCACUCUCUGCUGUCAUUCAGUUGAGGGGUUAUCUUCCUCGAAUGCCCUACAUUGCGCACAAGAGGCUCGUCACCGUAAUCCAUUCACCGGUCCAUAAUGUUUACUACUCUGGCUCGAUGAUACCGAUAAGAAUACAUUCUCGCGUACGUCCAAGUGUGAUAGCUGCCGAACUCAAGAGGAUACGCGAUCUACCAAGGCCCUCUACCGAGUCUUACACCGAGCACUAUUUAAAUUCCAAGGAUCACAUCUACUUCGACGACGAGGCCAAAGAAAUACGUGCAAGGGUGGAUUCUCUUCUACGACGAGUUCACGUCUACAUACCGCGAGCAUGUCCCAGCGACUUCGCCGAAGAAAUAGUACCAGAGCGUAUGCGUAGUGGUGAUUAUAUUCGCCGACUGAUAUCCGGUAAGAACAAUGCAAAGAAGGAUGCAGAAGCGGUUUCAUGGUAUGACGUACCGGAAAGAGGACAUUUUGGAAAUUUGGCAUGCGUAAAGUACGUCGCUGGAAAACCUCAAUCCAUCAGGAGACCCUACUACAAAGUCGCUGAUCUUCGUCCCUCCGACAUCAAGAACGACGUUAAGUUUUUGAGCUACUACCAAAAAAAUCGGCAGGCUGCUGCCGACGCUUCACCGGAUCAACCGAUGACUGAGAGAGAACUCAGAAAGGCCCGUGCCCUAGAAACCGAAUGGAGCGAAUCGAUUGUGAAAAGAGAAGUGAAACCAAUACUGGAAGAGAAGACAAAUGUCGCAGAAAAGAAGACGAAUUUACCCGAAGAAAAGAUAACCGUACCGGAAGAGAAGAAAACUGUAGCAGAAGAGACGAAAGACAUAGCAGAAGAGAAAGUAACUGUGGUAGAAGAGAAGAAAGUUAUAGCAGAAGAGAAAGAAAAUCUGAUAGAAGAGAAGAAAGCUUUAGCAGAAGAACCGAUAAAGGAGGAAGUUAAACCAAAAGCUAAACUGGCCAAGGAAUCAAAGAUUAAAAAAUCAAAGCAAGUGGAAGUAGAGAAGAAAGUUGAAACCAAAGUGGAAACACCCAAAGUAAAGGAAAUACCGGUGAAGGAACCUUCGAAAGAGCCUGAAGAAUUGUUAGCAGAACCCGCGAAGGAAAAAGUAGAAAAAGUAGAGGAGGAGAUAGCUACUACAGAAUCUUUGGAAUCUACUCAAAAGCAACUAGAAAUCGUAGAGGAACCUCCUAAAGAGGAACCAUCGAAAGAGGUGCCAGUCGAAAUAGAAGUUGCAAAGGUUCAAGAAUCAGAAAAUCUUUCUGAAGAAAAAACAGAAGAGAAAGCAACCAUAGAAUCGAAAGUAGAGUCAACGGUAGAAUCAAAAGUAGAGGCACCGAUAGAACCAACGGUAGAAACUGUUGCGAUAGAUACAGCAGAGACCGUAGAAGAAUCGAAACCGGAAGUUACACAACAAGUUGAAACAAAAUCUGUUGAAGAAGCAGAGAUUAUCGAAGCUACUCCUGCGACAGAGAAUACCGAACUUGUAAGUGAAAAGGAUCAACCAGAGGGUGAAACGGAAGAGGUGAAACAAAACAGACAAGAUGCUGCAAAAAGAGCCGAAGAAUAUUUGUUGAAAGUUGCCGAAGAAUCCAGAACCGAAGAAGAGAAGAAACAGGCUGUGGAGAUACAACUAACGAAGUAUGAGAUGGAGGAAGAAAAGGCAUGGGAGGCUUUGCAGAUUGAUUUGGAUCGAAAAGCUCAUCUUAAUGAGAUCCUUGAGGUAGAGAGGGCAGAAGCAGAAAGGAAAAUUGAGGAAGAAAAAUUAGAAAAGGAACGUACUGAGAUCAUUCGUUUGGAAGAAGCUGAAAGACAAAUCAAUGCUGAAAAGCUUCGUGCCCUAAUGGAGGAAGAAGAGAGGAUGCUUAUCGAGGAACGCGCGGAGGAGGUUCGUCAAAGGCAGGAAAGAGAAGAACGAUUGGCUGAAGUGUCGCUUGGCAUUACCGAUGAUAAAAAGGAUGCCGAUUAUUCACGCGAGGAUCAACUUUUUACCGAGAUAACUGAUCAAGAGAUGGAGGAGAAACCGUACGAGCUCCCGCCGACGGACGAGGAUACGAAGAUCGAAGAAGAAAACGUGGUAGAGUACGAAGUCGAAGAUAUUUCCAUGGAUCCUUUCGUCGAGGAACCAGAUGGACAAUCUCGACCUGUACCCAGUGGAGGUACUGCCAUCGUCGAGGAGAACUUUGAAUGGCCUGACGAAGAAGCCUAAUUUUUCUCUUUCUUCUAUUCCCUCUCUCUCUCUCUCUCUCUCUUUCUCUCUCUCUCUCUGUCUUUUCCUAUCUUCUAUCGCGAAUAACACCCUGUACGCCGGAUCAUGUUCCUUUAUUACCGUAAUAUUCACUUUUUAUUUUGUGCUACGAUUAACAUAUUUUCUCUCAGCAUAUAUCAUCGUUCUUCCUGACAUAAUUAAUAAGACUAUACGAUACGAUUUUAAUCGAUUCAUACGUGUUAAGUAAUCGAAUAUAUUAUAUAUACAUAUAUGCAUAUACAUACAUAUAUAUA